CUGUUGUUAAGACACCCAGUUUGUGGUACUUCGUUAUGGCAGCCCUGCAAACGAAUAUGGCAUCUCAAUGCUGAUGACUGCCAAACCUCCAAUUCCAGUCGCUUACCCCACCUCAGGAAUUGAGCAUCCUACUGAUUUGUGCCUGGGUCUUAAUUUAUAAGAGUGACUAAUGCCACCAUAAGAAAAGUUUAAUGUUACAGUUCUCCUAGAAACAAGAGCCACACAGGACCACAGGGGGAAGCAUCCAUGUAAGUGAGAAGGCAGAAAAGAGCAAGAGGAAGGCAUGGGCCACAGCCCAUAUUAAACAGGAAAGGCAAGGUAGGGCAAACAGUUUAGGAUUGGCUAGUUUGAAUAAUUCCGGUGGGUUUGGGGGCAUAAGGGCGAUCUCUGGCUGUCUGGGGUUGUCUCUAGUUGUCUAGUACCUGGGCUUCGGUUGAUUUGGAACAGGGGAAAUAUUGGUUUGAUGUGCGAGAGUUAGAUAAAGGAAGUGGUUCAGAAUAUGGGCUCUGGAUUGCAGGGGAGAUAUAAACAACUUUGGCGCUUAGUCUGGCCUUGUGAUUAAUAGAUGCCAGAUAGACAAACAUGGAAUCUAAGAAAACACAAUUAGAACACCUACUAGCACCCCAGCCUCUAUGUGUCUCAGUCAGAAGGAGCAUCUUCCUUCUCAAACCUUCCCCUCCCCCAGUUUCCCUAUGAGGGAAAGGCACCUCCGUGCACUUCCGUGCAUCCCUGAAUGGUGCAGUCAGAAACUGGGGGGUCAUCCAUGAUUCCUUCUUCUCCCCCCAUCUCCAAGCUACUACCAAGUCUUACUAAUACUGCCUCCUAUCUUAAAGAUUUUCACUUCUCUCGAGGGCUUCCCCCAGUCCGUCAUCUGUGCCAAAGUUCUGUUCACAGCCUCCUAAUUGGCCUCUCUGCCUCCAUUCUCAUCCUCCUCCAAUCCAUGCUCCAAGUGGUCUGAAUGAUUCUUCUAGAACAUGACUCUGAUCAUGUCACCCACCCCUUCUCAAAAUUCUCUGAUGGCUUUCCUCCACCCUUAGGAUAAACUCUAACAUCCUUUAUGUAGCUGCUCACAACCUGAUUCUUAACAAUCUAAUGCUCCAGCCACACCAAAUUUCUUUUGGUUCCUUUAAGAAGUCUCUCACAUCCAGGCUUUUGCUUAUGCUCUCCAGGAACGACUACUUUCUCCCCACCUCCCCCUUGCCUGGGAAACUCCUACUCGUUUUUUGCUUUCAGCUUAAAUGUAGAGUAUUGGCAUUUCAUGCCUGAGUGUGCUUUCUCUGACCCCAUGGAGUUUGGGCACCCUCGUCAGUGCUCCUGCUGCAGCUAGUACUUCCCGUAUCCAGCACUGUGCUCCAUUGCAGGGGUGCAACCCUGACCACACAUUUGAAUCUUCAGAGCGCUUUUAACUUAUAUUGACACCUAGGCUCCUCUCCAGACCAACUCUAUCGGGGAGUGGUGAAACCAGCAAACAGCCGUUGAUGAUUAAGUAUCCAGGAACUUAAGUUUUUUCCUUUUUGCAAUUACUGAUCAUAGCUUUUAGCUGUUGAACCAACUCAUUGUUAACUGUGCUGCUGAGGUAAUAUGCUAUCUGGCUCCCACUAGGCUCCUAUUGCUAACAUCUCCCUGGAGCCUGGGUCACCAUGGUAAUGGGCGUGUGAGCUAUUCUUCACAAAUUAGAGCUCCUUGUCCAUUUCAGGCUGGCUGAGACCACCAGCUCAUCAACUGGGCCCACGCAGAUGUCCAAUAGGUGACCUUUUGACAUCAAGAGGCUAAAAACUCCACCCUCAGAUCAUGCUAGUGCCGCCCUUUUGUGAACAUGGGUCCUAUGAAGAGGCAUGGUCUGACUAUGCUCGCACAGACCUCACCUCCAAUCACCUCUCUUCACAUUUCAGACCACCUUGCCCCCUAUCCCAUAAAUAGCCCUGAGUCCCUAUUUUCAGGGAAGCGAAUUUGAGGCUCAUGCUCUCGCUUCCUCACGUGGCUGCCUUGUGAGUAAACUCUCUUCUGCAAUCUUGUCAUCUUAGUGUUUGGCUUUCUGGGUGGUGGGCAAAAAUGAACAUGGUUCAGUAACAUUGGGACCUGGGCACUGGUAGUUUUCAGACUCUUAGAUGAUUCUAAUCUUAAAUCAAGGUUGAGAGCCACUGUUCUGUAGAUUACUUGUUUCUACAUUCCAGUGAAGACACGGACAGCAUCCCUGGGGUAUCUCAAGUGCCUGGUACAGAGUGGACGAUGAGUAAAUAUUGUACUGAUGACCUUGAUUGUAUGAGACAGCAUAGAGAGACACUACAUGCGUGACUUUAACCUAUAUGUGUGUGACUCUACGUGUAAUGCCAGCCACUCAGUAGCUGAAACUUGACUAUGCGACAGUGUGGGGUGUCACAGUGUGAAUGGUUGCGGACAGUGUGUGAGGACCACUGUGAAUUGGCUGAACACUGUGGGACUGCAGGGUGUCACAAUGUGAGUGGCCAUGCCCUGAGCAUGAAGGUCAUUGUGCAUGACUGUACCUUGUGUGACAGGGCAGACUGUCACCCUGGGAGUGUCUGUGUCCUGUGUGUGACUGAGUCAGUGGCUGGGGGACUCGGACGAGGCUGCCUGACUCGUCGUGGUCGGGGCAGAGUUUGAGGAAGAAGGAGCUGGAGGUGCCCCUCACCAAGAUGGUGCUGGGGGGGAGGCCGCUACUCCUUGCAAGGUGCUGCACCGCUGUGGCGGCGAAGAGCAGACAAGAGGCGCGAAGGCGCUAGAUGCCGGCCGGGGGAGCAGGCAGGCUAUUUGCAAGGGUCUCGGAUCAGCUCCGCGCGGAGCUGCUAGCGCAGCCGGCCCACCCCUGAGACGUCCUAGCACCUCCCGUCGCCGCGGGCCGCACCGGCAGCGGGCGGGGCCGGAUCCCGAAACCGACGGGCAGUGGAGGCAGGACACGCACAGGCCGUCCAAUGGCGUAGAAUGGGCGGGGCCCGGCGCUCACCUGCUGCACAACUAGACACGGUCGAGGGGCUGGAACCACUCAAGAAUUUGGGAGUUGGAACCCAGCGACGCAAGAUGCUGACCUCCUUCCUGAGCUCCCAGAAUGGCAUCUGGACAGAGCCCUUCUCUCUGCUUUUGGGUCUUGGCGCUGCCCUCUACCUGGGCUACUACUGGGCGUGUGUGCCCCAGAGGCCUCAACUGGUGACUGGCUCCCGGUUUCUAGCCUUCCUGGUGCAACACUGUCCAGUCACUAUGGAGACUUUCUAUCCUACACUAUGGUGUUUCGAGGGGCGGCUACAAACCAUCUUCAGAGUCUUACUGCAGUCUCGGCCUAUAGUCCCUUACUGGAGUGAAGUCCUCCAAACCCCAGAUGGAGGACAGCUCCUGCUAGACUGGGCUGGCCAGCAUGACAGCAGUCAAUACCCUGACCCUACCACCCAGCCCAUUGUAUUACUGCUUCCUGGUAUAACAGGUAGUAGCCAAGACCCAUAUAUCUUGCACCUGGUUAAACAAGCCUUGAGGGAUGGGUAUAGGGCUGUCGUACUUAAUAACCGGGGCUGCCGUGGGGAAGAACUGCUGACCCACAGGGCCUUUUGUACCAGCUCUACUACAGAUUUGGAGACAGUUGUGCACCACAUAAAGAACCGCUACACUCAAGCUCCACUGCUGGCUGUGGGCAUCUCUUUCGGAGGGAUAUUAGCAAUGAACUACCUGGCAUGAAUGGGACCAGCUGCAGGGCUGGUGGCAGCACUGACUAUAUCUGCAUGCUGGGAUUGCUUUGAGACCAACCGCUGCCUGGAGACCCCACUCAACUCACUGCUCUUCAAUCAGCGCCUCGCUGCUGGGCUCUGCCAAGUUGUGGACCGAAACAGAAAGGUGAUAGAAAAGGUGGUGAAUGUAGACUUUGUGCUACAGGCCCGCACAAUCCGCCAGUUUGACGAGCGGUACACAGCUGGGGUCCUUGGAUAUCAAGACUGUAUUACUUACUACCAAGCAGUAAGCCCAAGAACAAAGGUAGAGGCCAUCCAGAUCCCUGUGCUUUGCCUCAACGCAGCUGAUGAUCCCUUCUCUCCAGUCCAUACCUUUCCCCUACAGGCUGCCCAACUCUCUCCCCAUGUCGCACUGCUCAUCACAGCCCGCGGCGGCCACAUCGGCUUCCUGGAAGGACUGCUCCCCUGGCAGCACUGCUACAUGAGCCGCCUCUUGCAUCAGUAUGCCAAAGCCAUCUUCCAGCACCAAGAGGAGCUGCUCAGCCUCAAGGCUCUCUCACCUUAGGGAGGCAAGAGCUGACAAGAGUAGCAUUUGGGGUCUC